GCAUGCAUGCAGGUGUGUGCGCCUGGCCUUCGUGUCUGAACGAAAUAAUAAACACGCCCCUCUGUACUGUACCACCGUCGACAGACCAGUUAAAAUAAUCACGACACGGUGCAUGACAGUAUCCUUAACUAUUCUAUUAAGCUUACUCUAUCACAGAUACCAUACCUGCAUACAGCAUAGUACCAUCCCUCGCUAAUUAUUCUACUAAUUGGUCUUGUUCCAUUCCACUUCCAUUUCCAUUUCCUCCCAUCUCUUUUCUCUCCACACAGAAAAAGGAACCCAAGAAGCCCAUCUUAGCUGGUGAGGAGCUAGUGGCAGUGUGGGAGCAGCAGCAGCAGCAAUGGAGACGCUAAUGGCGGCCGAGGUGCCGCAGCAGAAGGCGGGCGGCCUCGCUCGGAGGCUAGCGAGGCUCGUCCGCCGCAAGCGGUCUCCGGCAGGGUCCGGGGUGGCGUACUCCGUCGCCAGUGAUGUGUACGACGAAUCUCUGGACAGCUCCAUCAACUCGCUCAGCAAGCUCAAGCUCUCGGGCAACAUGGCCGCCGCCUACUCCUUCGACGCGUUCUUCAACAAUGCGGCGGAGAAGAAGAAGACGCAGACGACGAAGUGCGCGCGCGCGCAGCAGCAGCAGCAGUGGCAGUCGUCUUCGGACGCGCACGCGUUCGUGGCGGGCCUCUUCGCGGGAGUCUCCGCCGUGAAGGCGUCCUACGCGCAGCUGCAGCUCGCGCAGCACCCCUACGACGCCGACGGCAUCCAGUCCGCGGACGCGGCUCUGGUGGCGGAGCUGGGCAAGCUCUCGGACCACAAGCGGCGGUACGUCAGGGACCCGGCCGGCGCCGCCAGGGACGCGGCGGCGGCGGGGCCCGCGGCCAUGGCCGACGAGCAGCGGCACCUGGUCCGGACCUACGAGAUCACGGCGCGGAAGCUGGACGCGGAGCUGCGCGCGCGGGACGCCGAAGCGAGGCGCGCCAGGGGCGAGCUCGCCGAGGAGCUCCGCGCGGCGCGCGCCAUGGAGGAGCGCGUCCACCCGGGGCGGACCCUGGCGGCGCUCGACGACCUCCACCUCUCCGGGCUCAACGCCACCCACUUCCUCACCGCGCUGCGCCACGCCGUGAAGUCCGUCCGCUCCUUCGCGCGGACGAUGCUCGACGAAAUGCGGCUGGCAAGGUGGAACCCCGCGGCGGCCGCCGCGGCAGUGCAUCCUGGGCCUGGUGGCUGCGGCGUGCUGCACCAGCCCGGGGACGCCAAGUUCGCUCUCGAGUCCUACGUCGCGCUGAAGAUGUUCGCCAACUUCCACCGGAGAGACUUCGGCGGCCUGCAGCACCUUGGCUCCUACGACCGGCGGAGUUUCUUCGAGGAGUUCGCGGAGCUCAAAUCGGCGCCCGUGGCCGCGUUGCUCGACGCGCGGAUGAGCUCGCGUUGGGGCGCGCUGGGCGAGUUCUUGCGGGACAGGUACCUGUCGCUAGUUCACGAGCGGAUGGAGGCGGCCUUCUUCGGGAGGACGGCAGCGCAGGCGCAGCGCGCAGCGGUGAAAGCCGGGGCGGGGUUCUUCCCGGAGACGGCGUGGUUCACGGAGUUCGCCGAGAUGGCGCGCCGCGUCUGGCUGCUGCACUGCCUCUUCUUCGCGUUCGACGGCGAGGGCGACGCCGGCGCGUCCAUCUUCCAGGCGCGCGCCGGGGACCGGUUCUCGGAGGUGUACAUGGAGAGCGUGAGCGACGACAUUGACGACGGCGAGGACGGUGCGCGGAUGGCAUUGGCUCCGGCCUGCAACCGCGUCGUCGGGUUCACCGUCGUGCCGGGGUUCAAAGUCGGCCGGUCGGUGAUGCAAUGCCGAGUAUACCUCUCCCGCCCGGCCCGGCAUCCGUGACGACGGAGACGCCGCGCGCGUUCCAUCUUCCAGGUCUCCGGCCGGCGGCCGGAUUGACCGGGAUGUUUGUGGGUAUGCCCUCUACUAGUUACGUAUGCAAAAUGUAUCUAUGUAUUUAUUAUCUACAGCAAGGGUUACGGUAUCGAUGUAGCAAUAUAAGCAGAAAUUGUAUCACUAGUAGUUAUUACGUACGCAAGCAUUUUUGUUCAUCAUGGACAUCCCUUCUUGGUGUUUCGAUUGGAUUGCAGCAUGGUCCAAUUGAAUCCACCCACACACCUUUUACGCAUGUUGAGAGGGAAGGAGCCGAUCUAGAUCAGAAAUGUGUACAUUCCAGUUGAUCUUUGGGCAAAAGCCUGGAAAGAUAUUGGCAAA